AUGCUGUGUCGUACGUUUUUUUCUAUAACUUUCUUGCUUAGCAUUGCUUGUGUGGUGACUGCGACAGGCCCUCAAGCUGCACCUGGUGCUCCAGGGUCUAACGGGAAUCUGGCUGUUUCAUCUUCUACGUCCUCUACUUGUCGUACUGCCGGUGGAACUACUACUGGCGAAAAUUGUGCUCCUGGUACUACAGGUUUAUCUCCUGGAACACGUAGUGAACCAGGUGCGACUCAAACUGCAGUUGGUAACGAUGGACGUGUGGAACAGCAGGAAACUCCAACGAAUACUCUGACGGAGAACACGGAAUCUCAAGGUAGUGAAGACCAAAAGAACGGGAUGAAAGAUGUAUCUCCAGGGGAUGGUGGUAGCGGUAGGAAACCUACUCAACCAGAAGUUGAUGGACAGGGGCAAUCGCAACAAAUCACCCAACAAAACGUUUCUGGUACAACAACAUCGCCAGGAAGCACUACAAAGGAUAACACCCCCACACACAAGGGAGAUGAAGGUAAACAAAACAGUGAUAAAACAGCUGAAACAGAAUCCACAACCCAAGCAGAUGCGCAGCAUCAAGAACAUACUGAACCACAAUCCUCUGGUACUGAUGCUUCUGGGACUCCUGCAACACCUUCACAAGACGUUGCAAACCCAGAAGGUGAAUCAUCCAUUAAUGAGGAAUCAAACACCACCACCACAACAACAACAACACUUCCUCCUAAGAUUGCAAACAACAAGAAGGGUGAUGCAGACAGCAGCAGUAUCAGCAGUUCUGUGUGGGUGCGUGUACCACUACUGAUUGUGGUUACACUGGCCUGUAUUCUUGUGUGCUGA